AUGUCACAGCAGCAAGAGAUGUCUCUACAUCUUGUUGGAGUUGGUGUUACGCAUUCUAUUGCGCCAAAUAUGCACAACUACAUCGCCAAAUCUCUCGGUCUGCCUUGGAAAUUCUAUGCGACCGAAUGCCCAACCACAGAAGAUUUGCUCAAUCUGGCCCGAAACCCUGACACAGCUGGCCUCGUUGUCACAAUGCCCUACAAGGGGUCGAUUAUGGAGCACCUCGAUGAGCGUGACGAACUCGCGUCCAUAAUUGGUGCAUGCAAUAAUGUCUAUUACAAGAACGAUGGCUCCAGGCGAAUUUGUGGCACCAACACAGACUGGAGGGGAAUCAAGGGCUGUCUACUAGAGAAAGGCGACGAGAAGACCAGACCUUCCUCUACAUCUCCUGCAUCGGCUCUGAUCAUUGGCGCUGGUGGAGCAAGUCGGGCGGCUGUCUACGCUCUCAGCGAGCAUCUUCAUUGUCCAACAAUACAUGUUUUGAACCGCGACGAUGAGGAGGUAGUUGUCCUCAUUCGUGAUUCGAAAAAACUUCCCAAUCCUCCCAAUAUCGUCCAUGUCAAAACGAUUGCACAGGCCAAGGAGCUAGCGAGCCCCUACUACAUUGUUGGCACAGUUCCUGACCUCGAGCCAAAGACGGAAACUGAAAUCCAAGUCGCUUCCAUUGUGAAGCAUUUUAUGUCUCGAUCGGAGAAAGGAGUAUUCCUGGACAUGUGUUUCAAGCCGAGAAGAACUCGGAUGAUUAAGUUGGCAGAACAACUUGAAUAUCCCAGUGUUGAGGGUACACAUGUCAUUGGAUAUCAGAUUGAGGAGCAAUGGCGUCUGUGGGCUGGAGAGGAGGUUUGUCAGAAGUUGAAUAGGGAGGGUGCGUGGGAUGUUCUACUGAAGGCUGCAGAAGAAAGCAAGGGCAUCAAUUUUUAA